GGAGUGGCAUCAUAGUUCCCUUCAUCUCUGUGUAGGAUCUUCUCCGUGAGCUGCAGGAACAAGGAACAGAGCCAUGGCUGGAAUUGUUUGUACUAAACUGAACGUUAAACCUGGCCAGAAGAUAACAGUGAAAGGUGAUAUUCUACCAGGAUGUAAGAGUUUUACUUUAAAUCUUGGCAAAGAUGUAGAUAAUCUUCUAAUACACUUGAAUGCACGUUUCGAUGCUCAUGGAGACGCAAGAACCAUCGUGUGCAAUUCCAAGAACAAAGGGCAAUGGGGGAAAGAACUCCGGGAGACCAACUUUCCUUUCCAGGAGGGUGGAAGUACUGAGCUGUCCUUCAUACAUGACAAAAAAGAAGUGACUAUUACAUUGCCUGGAAAUUAUCAGUUCAAGUUUCCCAAUGAGACUGGUUUGGAAACCAUUGAAUUUAUCUGCACAGAAGGGGAGCUGAAUUUCAAAACCAUCUCACUAGUUUAAACAACCUCCUGGCCUGUUUAUCUUUUUUCUUUUUUUUUUUGCUUAAUAAGGCAACAAAAUAAAUGCAACUGAAUUCUG